CAUUCAUUCAUUCAUUGAGUGCAGGUGUGGAUGUGAGGUCGAUGUCUUCCUGUGCAUGCAGUGCAGCGCUGCACGAUCAGCUACUACUAGUACCACGAAUCAUUAGUCUGCUGAUACGGCUGGAGGGAGGACGUGUGCUGUUGUAUUCAUGAUUCUUUACUCUUCAUCACAACCCCUCGCAAUCAAAACCACCUGCACUCUGCAUCACGUGUACUACGGAAUCUACAAAUCAAACAAAAUAUGACUUUUCAUCAGUGCGCAUGAGAUUACAUGAAAUAGUGGCCCUUUGUGUUGACUAGGAGAUGGAUGUAGCGUAAUGAUGGAAGCUUUGAGCCUUGGAUGAUGUAAGUAUCACAGCUUUCUCGCAGCAGGAUUUGUGGUUAGAGCAUAUAUAAGAGCUGUCUAUGAAGGGAUAAAACUUGCGGUGUCAAAUGAAUCCUUUUGCAUUCAAGGAAUUCAAGGAGAGCCGGCCAUUGCAGCUACAUUAUUGUUCUUUCAAGUCUCCCAUUUCUAUAUUGAUAAUGGGCAAUUAUGUUUGACGGAUAUUACAUGUCGUUGCUGCAUGUAAAUCUGUACAUCAUUUAAAACGGACUCUUCAAUCUUCCCUCUUGAAGCUGUGUAGUCAAAUGUGUGAGGAAUAACUGAUCAACCGAUCAACCACUUGGAUUUCUUAUCUUGGAAUAAUUGCAUCUAUGGCUGUAAUUUGAUGUUGUCUUCAUUAGAAUUUUCAAACCCUGGAAAUCUUGGAAGUUAAUAGAGAAAUUGUAUAUUGAUUCUCAAAAUGUAUCAUCCUUCGUGUACCUCAACACAUUCAUCAAUUUUGCUCUGUAAUCCCUAACAUCCGCACACCACUCGCGUGUCUGGCGCUAUCAGACCCUCCAGAGCUGAGCAGAGGUGGCUUGGAAGCAACAAUUAGCUAGUGUCCUAUCUUCCUUUCUUUGCUCUGAAAACACACUUCCUAACUUAAAGAAAAUAGACUCUGAAGAAAAGGAUAAUUCUAUAAGAGAGGUGAUGACCUGACACUGACCUGAGGCUUACCCCUGACCGUUAAGACCCUACCCAAAAUCUGGAUGCGUAAUCAUGCUCUCGUCCCCGAUCACCCCGAAGCGUCGGACUCUGGUUCCGCUUGGAAAUAAAUUGGAAGAGGAACUCUCAGCCCACCAAGCCUUGGUGAAGUCUGUUGCCAGACGAGGAGCCAAGCGCAGGGCUCCAUCUGACAACAAUGAAGAGGGUAAAGGGAUCCCACUGGACCUGGAGAUAGACCAGGAACUGGCAGAACAAAGGUCCAAAUGGGAAGAGAUCUCUAGGCAGGUCGCUGAGAAGAACAGACAGCUGAAUGCAUCUCUGGAAUACAUUAGACCACAGGAUACACCGUUUGUCCAUCACCUGCCAGCGAGGAGGAACCUUCAGCUUGAUGUUCUGAAUCACAAUGAUGAACUAGAGGGUGACCUGAAGACAUCCCUGGAUGCUCUCAAUCAAUGCUGGGCUAAGAUGGAGUCUCAGGUAUCUGACCAGCAGUCUAGAUUAGAGCAAGCGUAUGAGUUUCAGACCUGUUACCAGGAUGCCCUGCAAGCCGUAUCAGGAUGGCUGGAUGGCGUCCAACUCAAACUCUUCUCAGAAGACUGGAGUAAAGAUACAGAAACUCAACUCACGGAACAUGCUGCACUACAAGAAGAGCUGAAAACUUUCCAGGACCAGUUAGAGCGCAUGAACGAGGCUUGUCACCUUGUGCAGGCUGAAACUGGAGCCAGGAGUAAGCAGUUGAUGCAACAGUCCCUUAACGAUAUCAAUCAAAGACUCACCACCCUAGAGACAGAGGCUAGGCAAAGAGAACAACAGCUUGUAGAGAAGAACAGACAGUUCCAAGGCUUCCAGAGAGACUUACAGAGCUUCCAGUUAUGGCUAACCGGUGCUAAGGAACAACUGAACAUCCCACCAAGCAAUGUUAGUGGGGCUUCACUUGAAGAUAAUAUCAUUAUCAACAAGGUCUUAGAAAGUGAGGCAAACGGGUGUGAGGUGAAGUACAGGGAUCUGGUACAGAAAGGAGAAGACCUCUUAGCUCUAGAUCCUCAUCUUCCAGGUAUCGCACAUGAUAUCAAGACCUUACAGGACAACUGGGAGGAGCUUCAGAGGUUGCUGGGCAACCGACGUAAUCAACUCAACACUGCCAAGAUAUUGCAGGAACAAUAUCACAAGAUCCUAAAAGACUACAUGGAGUUCCUUGACACAGCUGAGAGGAAGCUACAGAAUAAAAACAUCUCAGCUACUGAUGUGAAUGAUCUUCAUCAACAACUCCAAAAGCACAAGGAAUUCUUCAGUGACCUGGACACCCACCACAUCCUGAUAGAAUCUAUCGCUCAGAAAGCCGACCCGUUCACCCAGCAACUCUUCCAUACCCAACGGUCAGAGCUUGACCGUCGCAGCCAAGCCAUCACAGUUCAGUCCGCAGAGCGAGGCCAGACCUUGGAGGGAUUGGUCAGCGAGUGGCGUGACCUUGAUAAAAGUCUUACAGCGUUGAGUAGUUGGCUCGGUCACGUUGAAGCUCAGGUACCAAGUGGGAUCAAUGAUGAUACUCAGGAAAAUGUGCAGAAAGCCAUUCAUAAAUACCAGGCAAUGAAAGGACUACUUGAGGGCAAACAACCGUCGCUGCAUCAGAUAGAGUCCAGUGCCCAGGUUCUUCUUCAAAGCCUCACGUCACCACAGCUGGACAAGCGUCUGGCUUCACUCCAUGACCAGUGGUCAUCGGUCAAUCAACGGGUCAAGCACGACCUAGCCUCCUGGACAGCUCUCUUGGAGGAGUGGAGAAUGUUUGAAGAGGAGUCCUCUGAGCUGAUACCUUGGUUGAGGAAUGUUACUGAUCACAUGGCUACAUUUAAGGAUAAGGAUCACACCACAAAACCUAUCUCAGAUCAACUUGAAGAGUUCUCUAAACUUCAAAAAGAUAUAGAAACCCACACACCUCAGAAGGUAUCAACAAGCAACCAUGGCAAUCAUCUAUUGAAAUUGAAGCAGCUCAACACCCCUCCAAUCAGGGAGAAGCUAUCAUGCAUCGAGUCCCAUUGGACAGACAUUCAAAAUGAACUACCUCAGCUCCAGGAAGACUUGCAUCAAUCUCAGAUGGAGUUGCUACCUUCAAGACAAGCAUUGAGUGAAUUAAUGCUAUGGAUGGAUAAUCUAGAAUCAGCAUUAGAUUCCUACAAACAUGAAAUAUUCACAAGCAGCGAUGAUGUAGAAGAUGCCGUACAAGUGUACAAGGGUUAUAAGGUCGACUUGUCAUGUCAUCUUCUGACCGUUGAGUUUGUCAACCAAUCCAUUCUUCAAAUGAGUCAGGACAUUGAGAGUCGGAGAGGAGAUAAAACAGACUUUGCUGAAAAACUUGGUACCAUGAACCAGAGGUGGCAGGCCUUGAACGGAAGAGUUGGUGAAGAGACUAAAGUACUGGAACUCCUCCUUCAGCGCUGGAAGACCUUCAACAAACAGGUCACAGAGACCAAUAAUGCACUGAAAGAUCAGGAGGACAAAAUUAAACUCUUUGAUGGACCCAUCGGCAGAGAGGCCAGUGUUAAAGAGGCACUUCGUACCUGUCAGGCUAUUGAGGAGCACAUCAAGAGCAAAGCCAGCGAGCUUCAUAAACUGAAGGCCACAGCCCACUCCCUUACCUCGGACCAAGACUCCAUCAAGAAAACCCUCCAGCCACUGGUUAAUCGUCAGACUGCCCUCCAACGUCUGGUCAAGCACCUGAAAGCUGACCAGGUCACUGCCUUGGAGCAGUGGUCUCUCUACCAAGAGACACUGACCGCUGUCCAGCAAGCACUCGGCAAGGCAGAGUACACCCUAAGCAGAGGGAAUGUUGUCAUGGGCACAGUGGAAUCUCUCCAAGUCCAAACUACUAAACUCAGGGGAGUACAAUUAGAAUUGAGAUCUAGCAUUGGCCAGCUAAACACUCUUUGUAAGCUAGCUGACCAGUUACAAGGGACAUGCAUUCCAGAGAUCAGGGAGGAGCUUGGCAAAACAGUCCAGAACAUUUCCUCAAGGUGGAGCAAAGCAGAAGAUGAGCUCAGGUCCAACAUCAAUUUAUUUGAGAAGGCCACAUUGCUAUGGCAACAGUUUGAAGACAGACACAGUGAGAUUGAGCAGUUCCUUGAAGACAAGGAGACCUUGAGCAAGGAGUGCAUGCAGGGAACGAAAGAAGAUGAGAAAGUAUUGGCUGGUAAGGAGACGGAAGAAGGAGCAACGGAAGAAGAGAUGGAGCAGGAGAGGAUAGAGAGAUGCACAAAAUGUCAGGAGAUCCUUGUUGAUGUUGAAAGCUACCCUGUAGCAACUGGUCUAGGAACCCUAGUCAAUCAGCUUGUCAGAUACAUGGACUCUAGUACAUCAAGCAAUAUCACCUCAAGGACCAAAGUACUACAACAGCGUCUAGACACCUUACAGCAGUCACUACAAAGACACAUCAAGAUGGAGGAAAUAGACAUCCAGAAUCAGAGACAGUUCCGGGAGAAGACCAAGACAUUACUAGAAUGGCUCGAGGAAGUCAAAGACACCCUCAACAUGGAAGAACCUAAUAGAUCCUCAGAUGAACAUACUAUCAAAGACAGGAUGGAUAAACUCAAGUUACUACUUGUUGACUUCACUGAGAACCAGCCCCAUGUGAAUGCUCUGAAUGAGAUAGGAUAUCGUAUCAGCCUUGACAGAUACAACUCAGGUCACCUAGCAACGCUCAAUGACUGGUGGAACAAGCUCUAUACCAGGCUCUCAGAGAAGUACCGCUACCUUCAGGGAGUGCUCCUUCAGCAGCAAAACUUUGCUCAGAAGUGCAAAUCCUGGAUGAAGUUCCUUGCAGACACAGAGCAGAGCCUUGCUGUUGACAUUGCCGGUAGCUACGAUGAGUUGCUGGAGCAACAGAAAGUCUAUGAGCUGUUUGAGGCAGACAUCUUCAACCGUCAGCAGAUCCUGUUUUCCAUCAUCAGCGAUGGUCAACGGAUGAUUCAUGAUGGGGAGGUCGAUGACCCCGAUGAAUUCCAUACUAAACUAGCCCAGCUGAGUGACCAAUGGCAGAGCGUCAUCCGGAGGGCGAGCCAGAGGAAAGAGAUCAUUGACCGCAACAUCAGGGAUUGGCAGUCGUACAGGACAUCGUUGGCCAAGAUGAAUGAAUGGUUCCGAGAUAUGGAGGCUGAGGUGACAGGUUAUCGGAUCACGACAUCCCCUCUCCAGGUUCUAAGAGGGCUUCAUGAACAGACAAAGAUGACUCAAAAGUUGGUAAGUGUCCAAGAAGGCAGCUACCUCUCCCUCAACGAAGCCGGCAAAUCCCUUCUUCGGAAUUCCGACCGAGUUGCUGGUGAUGACCUCCGCAACCAGCUGAUGGAGAUCCAGAAUCGCUGGCACUGGUUGACUAGUCGGCUGAGGAAACAGGACAACAAGCUAGCAGAGAUUCUCGGUAGAUGGGAGGAGGGAGAGAGUAUCAUUGAUGAUCUUCAGUCCUGGCUUAGAGAAGCACAUGGCAUGUUGGAUAAACAGCUACCAACGCAGUAUGAAGAACUGCAGAGAGAACUUCAAAGAUGCAAGGAGACAGAGAAUGGUUUUGGUAACACUAAGGGUAAGCUUGAAAUCCUGUACCAGAGGGAGAGUCAGUUGUGCCCCUCAGUCAGUCCUGAUGACAUGUCUGUCCUCCAUGAGCGCAUUGUCCUUCUAACUAAACAGCUUGAUGAAGUACACCAUCAGGUCUGUCAACGUAAACAGCGAAUCACAGACAAGCUUAAUGAAUGGACAGCUUUCACUGAUAAAUAUAAGGAAUUCUCUGAUUGGCUGACUGAGAUGGAGAUGAAGGUGUCACAAAAUGGAGAGAACAGCAUUGAAGAUCUGCUUCAGAGGCUUCAAGGGGAAUAUCAAGAUGAGAUCAAACAAGCUAAGCCCAACAAGACCCAUCUAGAAGCAGUGGGAGCGAAACUAAUUCCAGCUAGCAAUGAGGCUCGAGCCAGUGAUAUUGAGUACAAGUUGGCCAAACUGAAUGACCGCUGGAUGAGACUCAUGGAGCUGGUGGAUGCAAGAGUGAAGAAGUUGAAAGACACCUUGACUGCCGUCCAGCAGCUGGAGCAGGACAUGAGUAAACUACGAGAAUGGUUAAGCAGAGUAGAAAGAGAACUCAACACUCCGCUCACAUACGAAACGUGUCAUAUGCUGGAGAUAGAAACCAAACAGAAAUUUCAUGAGGAACUUCAUAAAGACAUUACCCGACAUAGCAGUGGGGUUGCAUCAGUACUAAACCUUUGUGAAGUGCUUCUUCAUGAUCAAGAUGCUUGUUCAACCGAUGCAGACUGUGAGGCUAUCCGAACUGCCACUCAGACGUUGGACCAAAGAUGGCAUAACAUCUGUACUCUGUCUGCAGAAAGGAAAAUGAGGAUCGAGGAGACGUGGCGCCUUUGGCAGAAGUUCAAAGAGGAUUAUGAGAGAUUUGCUAACUGGUUAGAAAAGAGUGAGCAAGCCAUCGCAGCUCCCAAUUCAUCCUGUACACCAUAUAUUAUCGUCAAAGAAGAAAUUAAAAAAUAUGAAGCAUUCCAACGUAAGGUUCAUGAAAACCUCACCCAACUAGAGAUGCUGAAUAAGCAAUACCGUCGUCUAGCAAGAGAGGGCAGAACAGAUGGUGCUAAUCAACUCAAGGGUCUUGUCCACACUGCCAAUGAUAGAUGGGAUGCUUUAGCAAGAAGGUGCUGCAGCGUUUUAAGACGUCUUCGUUCACAGCAAAGUUUGAGAGACGAGUUCGAAGGGACGAGAGAGAGUAUGGUAGUAUGGCUGACAGAGAUGGACCUCCAGCUGACCAACAUAGAACACUUCUCACAGUCGGAUAUCUCUACCAAAACAAAACAAAUGAAAGCAUUCCAACAUGAGAUUGAACUGAACCAGUCUAGACUGGAUGAGAUCGAUGGGUAUGCCCAUAACCUGAUGCAGCGAUGUGAUGCCAACGAUGCUGUUCAGAUACAGGAAGAGAUGGAUGAUCUUAGAGGCUAUGCCGAUGAGGUCUUUGCCAGAGUCAGCAAAUUCCAGAGGAAGCUGGAGAGGAUUACAGCCACUGAGGGUGAAUCUUCUAGCAUACCUUUUGAUUAUUUCAUGGUUGGCAAUACUAAGUUCUCAAGUACGGAUACGUCGGAUGAGGAAGACGAGGAUGGUGAGGCGAUGAGUGAGAGCGACAACGAUGAAAUCCUUCCUACCCAUCUAUCACCGAGCAGAGUCCAUCGCAGACCCUACGAUGCAAGGGCCAGGUCUCGGGACAGUUCAGCAACCCGGUCAGCAUCUCCAGGACCAAGUGAAUACGUCUCUGGCAGGAUAACUCCGGCCAGUGGGGUAUCAUCUCUAGACUGGGACAUGUACAUGACAACCAAUGCAGAUGGAGAUCCAGAUGUCAGGUGGGGUAAGAACAAGCAGCGAGGUGGAGAACCUGUUGAUGUCCUGUAUGCCCAGCAGCUCAUUGACAGCUGUACAUCUCAACUAGAAGAAGCAGAGAACAUGGUCACCUGCAAAACACCCAUUGGUCCGGAUGUAGAAGAAUUCAAAACAGCCUUUGAUACCGUAGCUGAGAAUUGUAAGAGCUGUGUAACAGCAGUGAAAAGAUUGGCGCCUCAACUCAGUGACCAUCCUUCAUUAGCCCGUCAAGUAUCAGAUCUUGUGGGUCGAUGGGAGGUAUUACAAGGAGAACUCAUGGAGAAAGGAGCCAUGUUAAGACAUAAUUACCAGACGUGGCAACAGUAUGAUAACGAUCUGAAUAAUUUGACUGCCUGGUUAGACCAAGCAGAAGCAACACUCGCAUCACAAGCUAAUGGCGGUGAUAUCGCAGACCUGGAAGACAUGAUCAGAAUGUUCAGGGACUUCAUGUUAGGUCUGAAUGCAAGACGAACCAUAGCGUACUCCAUCAAUCUGUGUAGCCAGCAGUUUGUGGAUCCUGAUACCCCUCAAGGUCAGGAGCUAAGCUACAGACUUCAGGUCAUGAACAGACGCUGGGAAGGGGUAUGUGCCAAAGCUGCAGACUGGCAGAAGAAACUCCAGAUGGCUAUCGUGCAAUGUGAAGAAUUUCAUCAGACAACCAAAGACCUUGAAACAAGACUGAAUGAAAUCGAUGAAAUAAUGACAGAGACUGAACCUAUAGAUCUCAAUGCUGAUCCAGAGAUACUCAACAAUCAAUACAGAAUAUUUGCCUCAUUCAAACGUGAGCUUGAGGAGAUGAUACCUCGCGUGAGCUCCCUGAAAGACACAGCAGACCAGCUCCUGAUUGAUGUGGACUCACCGGACUGUCGGGCGACCAGGGAAACACUACACCUCAUUGCCAAGAAGAGCUCUUCUCUCCUUCAGAGAUGCAAUGAUAACCUAGAACUCCUGGAGACUAAGGUGGAUCCCAGUCAGUUCCAACUGGACAGGCCUGUUUUUGAGAGUCCUAUUCAACCAAGAUCUGUGAUGCUGCUUGGAGCAAUGGGCGAGGUAUCAAGUGACUUCUCGAGCCCCAUAGCCGGACGAACCAGUACACCUAUCUAUUCUAUCAGACAUUAUGCUGAUGCCACCACCUGUACGCUGGCUGGAAGACAGAGUGCAGCUGGAGCAGCUGCGGCAGCAGCAGCAAGAUCGCCUGCAGACACUGCUGGCGCUCCAGUUUUGGCAGGCAGAGGGGGACGACCAUUCUUAUCAAGAGCAGUGCGAGCAGCCCUUCCACUCCACCUCCUAAUGCUUCUACUGCUAGGUGUGGCAUGCCUUAUACCGAUGACUGAAGAAGAUUAUAGCUGCACCUUCACAAAUAACUUUGCUCGCUCAUUACAUCCCAUGCUACGCUACACCAAUGGACCUCCACCCAUCUAGUGUCCUAAGGGAAGUUCUAGCUGCCCCUGGCUGUCCUUGGUCCAGGGAUGUGGUCUUUGGGUGUGGCCUCCUGCCCACCACACCCAUCUAGUCAACUUCUUUCAGUCUGCCUUGACCAGAUAUCAACACUGCCAAGUUAUAACUCAUUGAUUUUCUAUGCUGAAAUGCUAUCUAUUGUGACAGAAAUGAAAUCAACUAAGGACAUUGCCAAGACAAUUGCAGCAUGCAAUUUAGCCUCCCCCAUUCAAAUGACAUUGCUGCCUCAUAUCCUUAUGUUGCAAUCAAGCAAUCAUCGGCCUCUGGCUUGACUGGUUUUGGGAGAUCGUGUAAUGUAUCAUUGAAUGCCAUUGUACACAGUGUAUUAUACUGCAAGAGUCACAGAAUUUAUUUAAUGCUCACAUUGUGUGCUGAAAGCAAGGUGGUUAACCAUCAAGUAUCCAGCAGUGAAACUUUACCAUGCAUUAAUACUGUAUAGACUGAUCUUCAUUGCUUGCUGAAGAAACAUCACGUGCCUCGCUAAUUCGGACCUGAAAUCACUGCAUGGUAUAUGCCAGAGCCUUAGGGAGCUUUCCUAAGGAGAGCAGGAAGAAUCCACAUUGUACCAUUGUAUAAAGUUUUUAUUUGUGAAAUAAUUGAAUUCAUCCGUCAUGUGAACAAAUACCCUAAUUGCCAUUGCUAUUACAGGGUAAUUAGCUGCCUUGUUCACAUGGUGAGAUGAUCCAUUAAUGAAUGUAUAUAUGAUGCUUUAGUGUGAGCAUACGGAAUGGUGAAGUAAAGAAAUGUGAAUGCAGCUGAUUAAUGUGAAGGGGUCUCUCCCUAUGGAUCUGAUUGUACCAAGAUUAAUGAAUUAUAUAGGACGAUCAGGAUGAAUUGUGCAUUUACGUUCAAGGUAUUAAACAAGUGGAACUAUGAUUUUAUUCUACAUGGGUAUGUCUGAGAAGUCUUCUUUACUUUUUGGGGGGUUUGAUCUUUGUGACAUGAAUCGAUUCCUUAUCAUUUUGUGCUUUCUUCCAUUGUGCCAUCUAGAAUGUAUUCAAGAUAAUGUGUUCACAAACUUCUAUGUACAAUCUGUAUUCAAAAGAAUAUGAAUGAUCAUGUGUUCUGUCACAGAUAGAUUAUUGAUUUGAAACAAACACCACAUUUAGGUAAAGAAUAAUGUCAGAGAGGUAAUGACAUUGAUAAGAAAGUAAACUAAAUCAUGUUAUUACUCAAUACAUAAUUUGUCAUAUGGUUGCAAUUUAUAGGGAACACUUAUGUCAGACUGAAAAAAAAAACACUUGAUAAUUUUAUUGCAUCUCUUGAUUCUUCUUUUUUAACCUAAAAAUGACAUGCAUGGUUCGCAAGUAUCUCAAAUGUAUAUUUUCUCAAAUCCCAUAAAUUAUUGAUUCUUUGAAAUACUUAAAAAGAAGUGCCCCUUAGAAUUAACUGCUUUUUAGAUGUAUUUUAUAAAUAGUUUCACAUGUUUUGCUGUGUACAGAAAUAUAGAAAAUAGGUAAUGUGUAUUUUUGUGUACUAUUUCUGCAAUAUAGGAUAAUAUAUUUUCAUUAUUCUGUAGAUAUUAAUGUAAUAUGAAUUUGUAAAUGUGCAUCAUGUAGACUUAUUUAAUGAAUGCAGUGUUCAGAAAUACUGAUGUGAAAAAAAUUGUUGAUUCAUAUUCAUUCUUUCAUCUCGUGGAUCAUUGUUAUUGAUUAUUUUGAUUACUUAAAGAGUUUUGAAUGACUGAAAUAGUAUGUUAUUUAUUAAUGCCUUUAUUAGAUACUUGUAGAAAUAUUUAUCAUUCUCUUAUAUUUUAAACUUUGAAAUAGAAAUAUUCAGCUUUACUUUUUAUUUGUAAACACAAAAUCUGAUUCAAUAUUAGCAAGCUGUUUUAGGUAUAUUUGUAUUCAAUUAAUUCUGGUAUAUUUAUAUUAAUAUUUUUUUGCAAAAUGUUUUAAGUUAUUUCAAAUUAUGAGGUAAUUUUUAUAGAAUCAAUGAAAAUGUAAUUUUUUGGUUCAGUAAGUAGGGAUAGUUGAUCAUGUCAGCCAAUCUUGACAUUUAGAUGUGUUUUUAUAUCAAUGAAUGCAUCAGUAAAUUCAUAUCAUGAAUCAUAUGUUUUAUCCAUUCCAUUUAUAUGUGAUGACAUUGUGCUGUGACACUUGUACGUUCUGUUUUGUGAAACUGAAUAAGAUGUUUCAAAUCUUUAUCAGGGAGUUUCAGUGGAGGAGUUAAUGAUAUUUAGCCGUAGAAUGCUGCAUGAUUCAUGAUUUUCAAGCAUUAUUGGAAGUCAGUACAUUUUGCAUCAUUCUUUUGACAUUGAUUUUCAAGCUUCAAAAAAAGGAGGAGUUUGGCGAUGCCGUCCCUGUCAUUAUGCUCCCAGUGAAUUAAACAUGGGAUGUUACGCGUAAUUCACAAUUAAAUGAUCGUACUUGCCUUUAAAAACA